GAGAAAUAUAGAGAGAAAGAGAAGGGGCGGAGGGUUCUAGUGUCUGUAUAUACCUCUAUAGGUUUCCACUGCUCGCCAUUACAGCCGUCAAUAGGACAAUCUAAUAAUAGCGGGGUAAGCGCAUGCCCGUGCUAUGAACGAAUUCUCCGGUCCAGUUCAUUACAGUGUUACACGAACAGCUCGACAGGCCGACACCUCCUAUAUACAUGGAGGAUGAUUUAUCACGUGGAAAGCAUGUCCAGGCGCUAGUACUGGAGUAUAAAGCACGUAAAUGGGGAGCGGGAUGGUAACUGACAACACAGGUUCAUCGAAACCAGUCCCUGUUAGAGGACAGAUCCCGAUGUUGGUAACAGCAGUAUCACAUAGUUCACCAUAAUCUGACCGGUUCCUUUCACCCAACAUGGCCGUUAUUAAGAGACAUAGACUACCGUUGCUUUUUCUUCUUGUGGCCUCCACAUUCAGCGUAACCACUCUAUACAUGGGCUAUUCCCGCGAAACAGUGUAUGUGGAAGACUCGGAUGCUCUCAACGAUGACAUAGCGCUUCACCACGAUGACUAUGAGAACUACAGAGGUUCAGGAAAAGUCAUUGACACUCUGAAAAGACAUAGCCAUGGAGAAAUGGAAAAAAAUUCUUUGGCAGCUAAAUUGUACAAAACCGUGCCAGUUUUGUGCUGGAUAAUGACGGCGCCCAAAAACCUGGAUAAAAAGGCGAGAGCAGUUCAGAAGACUUGGGCGAAACAUUUCAACACUCAUCUGUUCAUCAGUAGUGAGACAAACACUAGCUUCCCCACCAUUGGUCUUAACGUGUCUGAAGGAAGACAGCACCUGACAGCGAAGACCAUGAAAGCUUUUCGCUAUGUGUACGAUCAUCAUUUUAACGAUGCGGACUGGUUCAUGAAGGCAGAUGAUGACACCUUUGUCAUUGCCGAAAACCUUCGCUUCUUCCUCUCUCACUAUAGCCCCCAUGACCCGAUAUACUUCGGAUACCAUUUUAAACCUUUCGUGAGUCAGGGUUACAUGAGCGGUGGAGCUGGGUAUGUACUGAGUAAAGCGGCCCUCAAACUGCUGGUGGAAACUAAUACUACCAAACUGUGUCGCCAAGAUGGCGGUGCCGAAGAUGCGGAGAUGGGCAAAUGUUUGGCCAAGAUAGGCGUGAAAGCCGGGGAGUCGCUGGACAAAGAAGGCCGCGAAACAUUCCAUCCAUUUAAACCCAUUGUGCACAUGGAAGGCCAUUUCCCGGAAUGGUUUCUCAAGUAUGCGGUCAACAGAGUUGAGAAGGGAUAUGGCUGUUGUAGUGAUUACACCAUCACCUUCCACUAUAUGAGUCCAGCCGACAUGUAUCUGUUGGACUUCAUGCUGUACCAUUUACGCCCGUUUGGAUUACAGCCCGAGGUCCCCAACUCCAGGGUGUUCGCUACGAACCACAGUAGCACUAAAGCUAAAUCACAGCAAAACUGAAUGGCCAUUAUCAGGGGACACUAUGUUGAGUGGACCUGAACUUAAACAUUGAUUACUUUCAGCUAUUCUUCUGUGUACAGUUCAGACAUGAAUAUAUGUGUGUAUAAAUUUGUAUAUUGGAGUGGGUGUAAAAUAAUUGGGUGAAAUUACAUAAUAUUUCAUAUUUUAAUUGUUACAUGAGGUGUUUCAUUAUCAAAAUGAUUUGGUCUGACGCCUUAUGUGCAAUAAGUGGGCUGCGUCAGUAUUCGUCAGGCACCUAUAACUGGUAAAGAGCGACCUUUGUUAUAUUUUUAAAUACGUCAAUCAGAUAAUGAAAUUUUUAGUAUUUAUGGGCUUGUUCAACUUGUUGAACUGCCACAUAUUUUUGCAUUUCAGAUGUGGUAUUUUGUACAUAUCGCAACGAAUAUAAGUUAAAAAGUAUUAUAUUAGUGAAUGUGUGUAUAUACAUAUAUUUAUCUGUAUAAAAAAAAGGUCUAGUGGUGAAAUUCGUAAGAGGCAUCAAACAUGUUUAACAAGGUGUAUAUGCGUGUAUAUGCGUGCGAGAUCACGUCCGCGCGCGCCUCUGUGUGUGUGUGUGU